AGAGUACAUGUGAGUUUGUUUCGAAUUUGAAAUGGAACAUUUUUCUGUGAGAAGAUCUAAACGGGGUCCACAACCGAGAAAAGUAAUUUACAAUUGGACUAAAUAUAAAGGCAUUGCAAAUUUGGAGAGAGAGCGUGCAGAGAUGAAACUCAAAAAUGAAAAACUAUCUGAAAAUAAGGAAAACGAUUCGAGUGAAGAGAUGCAGUCAGGUCCAGUGAGUUCAAGUGGAAAUGGGGGUGCGACCUCCGAAGCAGGAGCUAGUUGUUCUCUCACCCACCGAGUAAGACAGAAAAAGAAAGUUGAAAAAGAUAAAUUCAUGAGACACAUUGAUCAAAAUUACAGCUCCUCCUCUCACACUGCGUCUCAAAGUAAUCAAAAGGUCAAGCAAAAGACUGGACCAAAAUCAAAAAAGGAAGAAAGCAAAGAAUCGGUUCUCAAAGCUGCCACAGAUCAGUUCAGUGAUGCUGUGUUUGACGCUGACCAAAUGGAGAGCCAUAAAUGUCUGAAUGCUGAAACAUCUGACGAACUUGACUCUGGGUCGAUCUGUUCCGCAAAUCGGAAUGAUGAAUCAAGUGAGGAGGAAGAAACGAAGCAAGUGAAUUCAGAAAGCGAAGAAGCUGUCAACGAUAGCUGUUCUGAACUUCCUAUGUUGGAGCGAAUUCGACGGAAAAACGUAGCAAGAAAUGAGAAGUUUUUAUUGGAAUUUGAACUACAAGCCGGGUGUUCCGUUCUGCCUCCCAAGAAAACUAAAAAAUACUACCCGAGAAAGGAAACCGAAGUGAACCUGGAACCGUCGCGGAAAUCUGCAAGAUGCCUUGGUAUCGGUCUUGACAACGAAAACGUUAACCCUCUCUCUGGAGUAAAACGCCAUCACAUUGGUUUGAACAGCCGUUUGGAGACUUUUGCGCACCUUCACAAGGGAGAAUUCAUAAUUCUGUCUGAUCCAAUAAACUACGGCAAGCUCAGAAGUAGUUUGAAAGAGGCGGCAAACAGCGAAAUUAAAGCAGUUGGCGAAAGUGGAAAGUCUGUUUUGAAUACAGACGAGACGUUGGAGAAACUGGCGAAGCUGGAGCUGAAACAUGUUGGCAAGUGCUGUGAUGCGCGAAGUUACGCUCUUCAGUUCCACCCAGGGAACAAAUUGAUUGUUACUACCGGUGACAAGUAUGGCAAUUUGUGCUUUUGGGAUAUAGAUGAGGACGCAAAGCAUUGUGACAGUGGCAAAGUGGUGCCAAUUUUUCUGCGAGAUCCGUUCCUGGAGCCAAUCAGGUGCAUGAAGUACUCGCGAUUUGAUUGGUCCAAAUUGUACACGUGCAGUUAUUGUGGCUUUUUGAAUAGCUUCGAUCUAAAUACCGGCCAGUUUACAAGACUAUGCCAAGAGGAAAGUGUCAAAUAUCCUUUUGACAGUAUGCGCUCCUAUUAUGAUAAACUUAACGGAUUCUACUGGUUUGACCUACUGCAUGAUGAGAAGACAAUUUGCGUGUCCGAUCUAAUAGGUCACAUAAUUUUAGUGGACCCUAGAAAGCGUGGUGUAUUCCCACCCGCUUUCAGCAAUCGAGGAAUUGUUAACAAUGAUUACAAAGUCAAAUGCGUCUCAGCUCAUCCGUCCAAGCCUUACAUCAUAUCAUCCGAUCAGGAUUCACUUCGAAUUUGGGAUCUCAGAAACACAAACGAGCGUUGCAUUGAUGUGUUAUGUCAAGCGGAUACGGUAAACGGUGCUUUUUUUAGCCCUGUUACCGGCGAUAAAAUCUUAACAACUUGCUAUGAUAGUUACUUGCGCGUAUUCGAUUCGAAAAAUCUCACAAAAAAUUCCGUCAAAGCCACGGUGAAUAUAAGUCAUCCAGUCCAUUCUAAAGGAAAUGUAGGACCAUUAAGAGCUAUUUGGCACCCGAAAAAUGAAGACAUCUUCUUGGUGGGAAGUGUAAAUGCAUCGCAGAAAGUAACCAUUUAUAACAUUGGCAACGAGGAUCUGAGUCCCGCUUUGGAACUGGUUGUCGACGAUGACAAAUAUACUAUUUGUUGUACUACUGCAAUUCACCCCACUCAUGAUGUUAUUGCUGGGUCGUCUUUUGCUGGAAGGUCAUUCGUUUGGCGCUAAGAACACACGAAAUUCGAAACAAACUUGCAAUUGAGUCUAAGCUCAUUGAAACUAUUCAAUUUCUUUUUUUAAACUCUUGAAACUCAAAACUUUCAUCUUACUUGAUUUCGUAUUUGAUGC